UAUGAUGAAAAUCUACUUCAUGCGCAAAGUGAGAAACAUUUAUUAGUGCGCCUCAUAACCAGCCUACAAUAAAGGCAAAUCAAAUCUCUCUCUCUCCUCUUUCUCUCUCUAAGCGUUAUUACAGAACAGAGAGAGAGAGAGUAAAAGAGGAAACAAGUGGAAAACAUGUCGGACGACGAGAGAUGCGAAGAGUACCUCUUCAAGAUCGUCAUCAUCGGAGACUCCGCCGUCGGCAAAUCGAACCUCCUCACCCGCUACGCACGCAACGAGUUCAACCCCAACUCCAAAGCCACCAUCGGCGUCGAGUUCCAGACUCAGAGCAUGCUCAUCGACAACAAAGAAGUCAAAGCUCAGAUUUGGGAUACCGCCGGCCAAGAACGCUUCCGCGCCGUCACCUCCGCCUAUUACCGCGGCGCCGUCGGAGCCCUCGUCGUCUACGACAUCACUCGCACCUCGACGUUCGAGAACGUCGGUCGCUGGCUCGAUGAGCUCAACACUCACUCUGAUACAACAGUAGCGAAGAUGCUAAUAGGGAACAAGUGUGAUCUCGAGAGCAUAAGAGCGGUGAGCAUUGAGGAAGGCAAGAGUCUUGCGGAGUCUCAAGGUUUGUUUUUCAUGGAGACAUCAGCUCUUGAUUCGACCAAUGUAAGCACGGCUUUCGAGAUGGUUAUCCGCGACAUCUAUGGCAACAUCAGUCGGAAGCAGCUCAACUCUGAUUCUUACAAGGAGGAAGUAACCGGGAACAGGGUUAGUUUGGUCAAGAACGAGAGUGAAGGGACAAAGUCAUUUUCUUGCUGUUCGAGGUAAUGUUUUUCUCUUGUCCUGAGGGGUUGGUUGGUUUCGCUGGGUAUAAUUUAUAGUGAAGACAGAUACAUUCUUUUUGGUUCUCGAUUGAAAGCUAAAGCUAAAGAGAGAAAGGUGUGUGUGUUUUGAGUUUCUUUGUUACAAAUACAGAAGAAAUGUAAUCAAAAUUGGACAAAGAAGUUUUAUCAAUGUAUAAGUUUAUACUCUCAUUUUUCUACUUAUGUUCUUUGUAAACUUUGUGAGUGUUAAAAAAUCAUUUUUGAUAUUUUCCAA